AUGGCCGAGCUGCAGGAACAAAAACAGUGUGAGGUAAAAGGCCUUACAGAAGAAUCAUUAGUUGACCGGUUGGCGAAGCAGUUCAACACUGACAUCCCGUUUGGGGAGCCCAAGCUCAACUUGGAGGACGACAUAGACGAAACCGAGUUGGCUGAUACUUCCUGCAACAUGGUCUAUGUACUUCCCGCGAGAUAUGCUCUGCCAAUAGCCGCGCAAGAAUGUGUGGAGAAUGAAGAAGGGAUAGAGGCCUUCCACUCGCUGUACGAAAGACUAUCCUCGUACCUGGUGGAAAAAGAGGCCUAUGAUCGUGUCGCAACCUUGGAAAUUGUCAACGAGGAGUUAUCUGACCAAGAACAAGCAGACGAAGAAGAGAUUCAGCUGGCUCCAGCAGCACUGGAUGACACCCCUCCUAAGGUCAGGGAUCCUACAGAGAAGAGAGCCAUAAACCUGAUUUUCCACGACAUCCUGGGAAAGAUUUUAGAGGUUUACAUUGAUGACGUGGUCGUCAAGUCCAAACAGCGCGGGGAUCACAUCACGGAUCUCAGGAAAGUCUUCGAGAGAAUGCGGCUGCACAAGCUCAAGAUGAACCCCGCCAAGUGCAUUUUCGGAGUUCAAGCAGGGGAUUUUCUGGGCUUCAUCGUCCAUCAACGGGGUAUUGAGGUCCCUGAGGAUAAGGCAAGCGCAGUCAUCAACGCAUCUUCCCCACGAACAAAGAAAGAGCUACAACGAUUGCUGGGUAAGAUUAACUUCCUGAGACGUUUCAUAUCUAACUCUGCAGGUAAAAUCCAACCUUUUUCCCCUCUACUGAAACUACAAGGACAGAAUGAGUUUGUGUGGAAACCUAAACACCAAGAGGCUUUUGACAAAAUUAAGGCCUAUCUGGCGAGCCCACCAGUACUCGUUCCCCCUAGAGCUGGCAUUCCAUUAAAGCUCUAUAUUUCAGCAGCUGAGGCUUCCAUUGGCAGCCUACUCGCCCAGGAUGAUGAAGAAGGUGUCGAACAUGCCAUUUUCUACCUCAGUAGGACACUGACGGAUUGCGAAACCAGGUAUACUCCUAUGGAAAAAUUGUGUCUUACAUUGUACUUCUUAGCAUGCAAGUUGCGACACUACAUGUUAUCCUUUACCACUUGCAUUAUCGCUCAAACCGACCUGGUUAAGUACAUACUGUCGCCACCUAUUCUGAGAGGUUGUAUUGGCAAGUGGGUACUGGCUUUAUCCGAAUUCUCGCUACAAUACGUUCCACAGAAAGCAGUGAAGGGACAAGCCAUCGCAGACUUUCUGGUGCAUCACCCUAUGUUGGAUGUCCCCACAGUGAAAGAGUUAGAGAUAGCGACCGCAGACAUAACUCGACCAGAUUUGGCGCGCAUCCCAGAAUAUGCUAUAUGGUAUCAAGCCACAUGCACCAAUAAUCAAGCAGAGUAUGAGGCCCUCAUUAUUGGCCUAGAAGUGCUACUGGAACUAGGAGUGAGAGACGUCCAGAUACGCGGUGAUUCUUUGCUUGUCAUCAAUCAACUUCAAGAGAAGUACAGAUGUGUGAGCUGCUUGCUCGUCCCAUAUUUGGAUCACGCCAUUGAACUUCUGAAUCAAUUCGAUGACGUGGGUUUGGAAUUUAUUCCUCGUGAGCGCAACUUUGCGGCCAACGAACUUGCUCAACUGGCUACAGGCAUUACUUUGAAAUAUGGGGUUCGCGAGCGAAUCCUGAAGGUUGAACGACGCACUCUAACAUCGUGGCUCACACGACCUGACACGCCAGACGAUCCAGUCGUCGCGGUCCUCGAACCUAUUGAUGUAUACUGGCGCAUCCCUUUGAUUGCUUAUCUAAAGCAACCAGAUCCCACUGCAGACCGGAAGAUUCGCUUUCUUGCUCUAAAUUACUUCCUCAGAGGCGAUGAGCUACGCCGACGCGGCGAAGAUGGCAUAGACUUCCGAUGUGUGUUUGGCGUCCCUGAAGUUUUAGUAUCGGACAGGGGAGCAGCGUUCAUGGGUGGUGACGUAGAGCAGCUCGUCAACGACUUGGGCAUACAUUUUGUCCACAGCACAGCUUAUUAUGCUCAAUCUAAUGGUCAAGCAGAGGACAGUAACAAGAUUAUCAUCACCCUACUGAAGAAGAUGCUUGUUGCCAACCCUCGCCAAUGGCAUGAGACAUUGUAUGAAACGUUGUGGGCUUACCGCACUUCCAAGCUGGCUCCUACUGCCACGACGCCCUAUGCACUCAUGUUUGGUCACGACGCGGUGUUACCUCUGGAGAUCAAUGUUCAAUCCCUGCGCGUCCAAGAUUAG